UUAGAAACAUUACCAUCAGUCGCCACCAGAGGGGGACAGCGCACUGCUUUCCGGAAGUGGGCUAUGUUUUCAGCGAAGAAGAGCAUCCACGCUAGGGGUUUGUUUUGGUUUCCCUUGCAGAUCGACGAAACUCGAUUGACGAGUAACUUUGAAAGAUCUUUUUUUCCCCAGCAAAAGGAUAAAUAUGAAAAACGCAGUUUGUGCCCAGGAGUAUUACAAUCAUUAAGAGGUUCAUCAUUCUCUACUGUGACAUAUUGAGAAUACCAGACAGCAAUCCAAAUCAUGGCAUUCCGCAAUGGUCGAAAUCCAAUUAGGGAUAGAUAUGAAGAGUGCGUUUUAGGAGCGGAAUCAAGAGAGGUGACAGUCCAUCGAGUUGUCAAUAUUGUGGAAAAGGGGAACACCGUGCCUCGGACUAAUAUGAACUAUGGUUCUAAAAGUUCAAAUUUUUCAACGUGGAAUGAUGGUCCCCGGAAUAUCCAGGACUCAAGAGGAUUUCACGUUGAAGACAGUUACCGUUCGAAUGAUCGUCGAUAUUUUGAUGAUUCUUCAAACGUUGGCAAUUUUCGCAGAAAUACCUCACCUCCAAGAAAUGAGUUCCAUUAUUCCCAAGAGCCCUAUGGCAGGGAGGAUUUAAGGCAUCAGUUAGCCUCAAGGAGCAGCAGAAGAGGUGGUCCCUAUUUCCGCGGCAGAGGUCGAGGGUCAGGCCCUCAUCUAAGUAGAGAAGACCGUAACGAGUACAGAUGCACUCCACCUAAAGUAAUGAAACGAGAACGCUCUCCUGGAAGAAGGGAAACACACCCACCAGUACCUGUCCGCUCGUUGUCCAACACCAGCAGCAGGAGUUACUCCCCCGACAGGGAGAGGGGCUUAACCUACCAGCAGUGUCUGAAAAAGCCUAAGACCGGUGAGAGCCACACUCACAGCAGCUCUAUGGAGGGGUCUCCUCACAGCUCUGGAUCUGCAAAGGAAAAAGCUCCUGCAUCUGUAGCGGAGACAGAAGAGGUGGUGGCUGCCAGCAUGGAGCCAAAGCCGACACCAGACCAAGACUUCAAGGCUCGCCGGUCGGAGGCCAUUAAAGCUAAGGCUCUGGAAAUUGAGAAGCAUUACAGGCAGGACUGUGAGACAUUUUGCACAGUGGUGAAGAUGUUGGUGGCCAAGGAACCAACGUUGGAUACUUUACUGCAGGCUCCACUGGAUGAUAAUCUGCUGGAGAUGAAAGAGCGCUGCCUUGAUGCCCUCAGGCACUUUGUGAAGGAGCUGGACGAGGUCUUAUAGCAGCUGUACUACUCAGUAGAAGCCACAGGUCAUAAAAUGUCGUCUUCUACUGUUUUUGACAUUGUGAAUCGUGAACCAUGUUGAAAGAAAAACGGUCAAAUAUUAAGAUUUAUUAAAGUGUUUUUUGUCUUAUUUUUAAACCUACCGAAAUGUUAUCAUGAAACUUUCCUAUUAAAAAAUGUUUGUCAGUUGUUAGCGAUAUGAAGUGAAUUGUAAUUCCAGUAUCUGUAUUUCUUGCAACUAAAACUGUAACAAGUAUUCUCAAACCACUAUCGAAGGUACAAACUCUAAUAAUGUUUCUCAGAUGUUUGUUCUAUACAGUGGGGCAAAAAAGUAUUUAGUCAGCCACCAAUUGUGCAAGUUCUCCCAUUAAAAAGAUGAGAGAGGCCUGUAAUUUUUAUCAUAGGUAUGCCUCAACUAUGAGAGACAGAAUGAGAAAAACAAAUCCAGGAAAUCACAUUGUAGGAUUUUUAAAGAAUUUAUUUUCAAAUUACUGUGGAAAAUAAGUCAAUAACAAAAGUUCAUCUCAAUACUUUGUUAUAUACCCUUUGUUGGCAAUGACAGAGGUCAAACGUUUUCUGUAAGUCUUCACAAGGUUUCCACACACUGUUGCUGGUAUACAAUUUAGUCUCUGGUCUCCUUUGACAGCUCUUUGGUCUUGGCCAUAGUGGAGUUUGGAGUAUGACUGUUUGAGGUUGUGGACAGGUGUCUUUUAUACUGAUAACGAGUUCAAAAAGGUGCCAUUAAUACAGGUAACGAGUGGAGGACAUAGGAGCCUCUUAAAGAAGAAGUUACAGGUCUGUGAGAGCCAGAAAUCUUGCUUGUUUGUAGGUGACCAAAUACUUAUUUUACAGAGGAAUUUACCAAUUCAUAAAAAAUCCUACAAUGUGAUUUCCUGGAUUUUUUUUUCUCAUUCUGUCUCUCAUUGUUGAGGUAUACCUAUGAUAAAAAUUACAGGCCUCUCUCAUCUUUUUAAAUGGGAGAACUUGCACAAUUGGUAGCUGACUAAAUACUUUUUGCCCCACUGUAUAUAUAUAUAUAUGUGUACAAUGAACUGACUUUCUAUAUAUAGAAGAUGUUGUUUUUAUUACUAACUAACAUCCUUUUAAUAUUAUCUCUAAGACGUUUUUAGUUAAACUUUUGAAUAAAAUAUGAGGCUUUAAAUAUA